CGUUGAUGUUGGUUUGUUGACGGAAGUACGUGGAUCAACACGUGCAAGGCUGAUAAUCUCCACACAAACAAAAGAAUCUUUAAAAAUCUUUCCUUAGUAUGCCAGCAACUGGAUUGAAAAAGACUGGACAAAGUAGUCAUAGGGAUGAUCCUUCCACUGAAGCUGUUGUUCACCUAAAGAUAAAAGAAGCCAGGGUGCAUGGUUGCUUGAUCCUAAAUCAAAUUAAACUUCAACGCCUACCAAGUGAACUAGUGGACAAGUUGAACUGCCUGAAACAUCUGUACUUAAGUGGCUGUGGACUUAGAGGGCCUCUUCCAUCAUGUCUCACCCGACUUCAUCAUUUAGAAACACUGGACAUCUCGCAGAAUGCCAUUAAUGAGAUACCUCAACGAAUCUGUGAAGAAUUGACCCGACUUAUCACCUUAGAUGUCAGUUUCAACAGGGUGAUAACCCUACCCAAGACAAUCAGCUGCCUGCAGAGUCUUGAGGAGCUCACGGCAGCUCAUAAUAAGAUUGUGGUUCUACCGUCUUGCAUCGGUGACUUGGCUCGUCUGAAGGUACUGGACUUGACUAAGAACCUCCUUCGGGAUGUUCCAGGAGAGAUAUUUGCAGGGAGGAUGUCUUGUAGUUUGAUCACUCUGAAGCUCGGUGGAAACUUGAUUAGGACUCUCCCAGCAGAAGCAGGCUUAAUGCACAACUUGGAAGAGCUGGACUUGAGUGAAAAUUGCUGUCGUUAUUUGCCGUCGACAAUGAGGUCACUGAGGAAACUAAAAGCCUUCCAUCAUGCUGGUAAUGAUUGGAUGAUGUGCCCGCCACAUAUACCAGGUGUGCCUGCCAAGGAACAGUCAAGCUUUGGAUGCAAGGCUCUGGAGAAACUGUACAGUUAUGUGUAUCCACCAUAAAGAAGCAGACUCUGCAAAGUGUGACUUAGUAACAGUUAAGGCAAAAAGUCUUUGGAUUGACAGCAGUCUAUGACUACAUGGACUCUGGGUAAAGUCUGUUCACUUUUGUCUUUUGUCAUCACAAGGAUCUUAACUGAGUAGGAUCACGGGUAACAAACAUGUGAAUAAACUCUCUGUUCAAGGCAGUGGACACUAUUGGUAGUUACUUAAAAUAAUUAUUAG